CAUUUUCGAGGAUCUUGCUAUAAAACCGGCUUGAUGCAUCCCGCACACUUCACUUUAUGUAAUUAACUUUUUUGGAGAGUUUUGGACAUUUUCAAUGAGUUCCAGGAUGGAUAACAAGUCUUACUUGGUUCAGAUGAAUGGGAAUGGAGUCCACGGCAAAACCACACUCAAUGGCAAAACCCUGAGUGGGACUGGAGUCAAUGGGAAGGGAGUGCACGGGAACGGCAUCCACCAUGUAAGUGUGAAUGGCAGUUUGUAUCCAACCAAAGCCAAGAGCCGCCGGCAGAGAUGGGAGGUGAAGCCUUCAGAGAUGGCCAACAACACGCUCAACCCCAUCAGGGCCAUCGUGGAUGGCAUGAAGAUCACCCCAAAUCCAGAUAAACCCAUGAUUGCACUUUCGAUAGGGGACCCCACUGUGUUUGGAAACCUGCCCACAGAUGAUGCAGUGCUUCAGGCCAUGAAAGACGCUAUAGACUCGCAAAAGUACAACGGCUACGCUCCUUCUGUUGGUUAUCUGAAGAGCCGGCAAGCAGUGGCCAACUUUUACAGCUGCCCCGAGGCUCCACUAGAGGCAGAGGAUGUGAUUUUGACCAGCGGCUGCAGUCAGGCCAUUGACCUGGCUAUCAGUGUCCUGUGUAACCCAGGGGACAACAUCCUGGUCCCAUGCCCAGGCUUCUCCUUAUAUAAGACUCUGGCUGUCUCCAUGGGUAUCAAGGUCAAACUCUACAACCUGCUGCCGGAGAAGUCAUGGGAGAUUGACCUGCAGCACAUGGAGAGCCUGAUCGACGAGAGGACAUCCUGUCUGAUUAUUACCAAUCCAUCCAACCCGUGCGGCUCAGUCUUCAGCAAGGAGCACCUACAGAAGAUCCUCAAAGUGGCCUCCAGACACUGUGUUCCCAUUCUGGCUGAUGAAAUCUACACCGAUAUGGUUUUCCCAGGCUGCAGUUGUCCGUCCAUGGCGUCUCUCAGCAGCGACGUUCCCAUCCUUUCCUGUGGCGGCUUGGCUAAACGCUGGCUGGUCCCUGGUUGGAGGUUGGGAUGGAUCCAGAUCCAUGACAGGAAUGAUAUAUUUGGAUCCCAGAUUCGACAGGGGCUGGUGAAACUGACCCAACGCAUUCUGGGAGCAUGCACCAUUGUCCAGGGAGCACUGGAGGGCAUCCUCAACAACACACGUCAAAGCUUCUACAACGACACCAUCAGCUUCCUGAAGUCCAACUCAGAGAUUUGUUUCAAUGAACUGUCCACCAUCCCCGGCCUGAACCCCGUCAUGCCAUCAGGAGCCAUGUACCUCAUGGUGGGGAUUGACAUGGAUCACUUUCCAAAUUUUAAGAAUGACGUGGACUUCACUGAACGGCUGGUAACUGAGCAGUCGGUCUUCUGUCUGCCUGCCUCGGCAUUUGAGUAUCCCAACUUCUUCCGCAUUGUGGUGACGGUGCCAGGAGAGAUGAUGGUGGAGGCUUGUGUUCGGAUCAGGGAGUUUUGCCAGUGCCACUAUCGGCCCCGCAGCCGCGACAGCAACGAUCUGGACCAGUGAUGGAACCUAGUUCCACCAGUCCAACAGUGUGGUCCUUGUGGAGAUUAAACCUUAAAGGCUGGAUGAACUGUCACAUACACUGAUAAGCCAAAACAUUAUGACCACCCCUACCUAAUACAUUGUUGGUCCUUCCUCUGCCACUAAAACAGCUCUGACCUGCCAAAGCAUGGACUCUCUCACAGUGUUGUGUGGUCCUGAUGUUAGCAGCAGAUCCUUUAAGAUCCUUUCAAACUAAGGCUGCAUUCAGACUACGUUAAAACAGUGCAAGGGCCUGCUUUGGUGGGGGGGUGUGUUGUUUCAUGUACUGCUGAGUCUGUGACAUACAUGUGGGAAGGCCAGUUGGGGGACAGGGCAUGGAAGGGGCACUUGCACGUAUGUGAAUCCAACACAACACCUUGCCGGAUGAUGUCACAUGGUGUCUGUCUAAUCUAACCCCAGACCUUGACAUGCGCCAUUGGUAGGAGAUUAUCACCUCAUCUGUGCGUGGUCAUAAUAUCUUGGCUCAUUAGUGUAUACUGAGCUGGAAUCAGCUUUGAAAUUUUAUUCCACCAUGUUAUGAAGUUAUACUUACACAAAUCUGAUGUCAAAGCUGUGUUAAUAUUGUCAUCACUGUGGCACCAAAAGCUUGUGAGCAGUGUAUCUGAUGGUCCAUUCAUGGUGUAAUUUUUGAUGUAAACCAUAUGAAAUGAGAAGACCAAAUAUUUAUAUUUUAUACAGGCAACUUAUAUUAACCUCUACUUGUUUUUGUGUAUUUAUAUAAUUUGUGUACGGCUUUGUAUGCCUAUGUAACGUAGCCUCUUCGAUAUCAACUGCAUCCAUGCAUGAUGAACACACCUUUAUGGUACUUUACGCCUGUUUUUUACUCUCUGAUCCACAAUUAGAGGCAGUAUAUAUAUAUAUAUAUAUAUAUAUAUAUAUAUAUAUAUAUAUAUAUAUUCAGUAUCGAUUUUUAUAAACUUUAUGUAUUGAUAAUCUUCUGUAUACUUAGAAAAUGACUCUCAGUGCAAAGUGUUAGACUGCAUGGGCAUGCUCUAUCAGAACCUUCUCUGUAUAUUUGUAUGUUGAUUGUGUCAUAUUGAAAGGCAUAUAAAUAUAUAUUUUUACAGACACAAAAUCUUAUUUAGUAGUUUUGUUGAUAGUAACCGAAUAAAAAAACAU